CGCGGUAAAACCAGCGUGGUACGGCGAUAUUAAGGUGACGUGACUUAGGUAGCUGUAAGCAAAGAACUCAUAGAUUUCGUUAUGUCAGGAAACGACAAGUUGAUCCUUAAGUAUGCAAAAUUGUCGGAGAAAGCGUUUGCACCGACAAGAGGUUCAGAAUAUGCGGCAGGAUACGAUUUACGAAGUGCGUACAAGUACAUUAUUUCAGCACAUGGCAAGGAAUUAGUUAAGACUGAUUUGCAAAUAGAAGUUCCUUUUGGUACAUAUGGGAGAGUUGCACCACGAUCUGGAUUAGCGUGGAAAAAUCAUAUAGAUGUAGGUGCAGGUGUUAUAGAUGCUGAUUAUCGUGGUAACCUUGGCGUAGUGCUGUUUAAUCAUAGCAAUGAUGAUUUUGAAAUUGCACCUGGUGAUCGUAUAGCUCAAUUGAUAUGUGAAAAGAUUACAUAUCCUGAUAUAGAAGAAGUAAAAUCUUUGGAUGAUACAAAUAGAGGUGCAGGAGGAUUUGGUUCAACAGGCAUGAAAUGAAAAAAAAGGCGAAGAUAAAAUCAGUUUUACCUUGUUUGAAUUACAAAAAGAUUUCAGAUUUCUCAUUACAUUUUUGCUAUCUUAUAAAUAAAAUAUAAAAUAAAGUAAUUUUG